CUCUCAGAACCUCAGACUCUCAUUAGACUCUCAGAACCACAGACCCUUAGACUCUCGGGAACUCUCGGAUCCUUCCGACUCUCAGAACCUCAGAGCCUCUGGAUUUUUAUAAAAGUCUCCGAGUCUGUCUCAGGAGCCCAGGAUGGGGAAGGGGGAAGGGCGCAGACAGAGACCAGGCAGCCAAUCAGGAGGGCGAGGAGGAGGGCGGGGCCUGGCCCUUCCCUACUUCCUGUCUGACAGGAAGUGCUCAAGCCUCGGGAUCAUCAGGCACAUGUCUGACCGAGAGCUGCUCGAGGGGCGCGACAUGGCCCCUCAGAGUACCAGCUGCUUCACAAAGGCCCAGGCCACCUCAUCUCUCAAGAAAAAAUACUUCUAUUCCCAGCUGUUCCUGUUUCUGCUUUUGCAACUGUUGUUUACCCUGAGCCUUCUCUCAUACUGGUACCUGUCACCUUGGUCUGUGCAGAAACCUUGCCUCCCUGUGCAAGUAGCACCAUCUGACACCCCUGUGCUCAUCGUCCUGCUAUGGACAUGGCCUUUUAAUCAGCAAGUAUCCAUUCAAGGGCUCCACUGCGUGGGCCCCUGGACCAAGGAGGCAAACUGCCGAAUCACAUUGAACCAUAGCUGGUAUAAGAGGGCCCAUGCAGUCAUCAUCCACCACCCCAAUGUGGGUAGAAGGCCCUCCGAGCAGCUGCCUUCUGAACCACGGCCAGCUCCAGCUGGCCAGCGAUGGAUCUGGUUCAGCCUUGAGUCACCUAGCCAUUUGAAUAACCUGGCUGCUAUGGAUGGCCUCUUCAACCUGACCAUGACCUACCACAGUGACUCAGACAUCUUCACCCCUUAUGGGUGGCUCAAACCACGGCAGGAACCGAAAAACAUUUCCUUCACUAGACCUCCCUAUCCCAAAACCAAGCUGGUGGCCUGGGUGGUGAGUAAUUGGAAGGAAGACUCCACACGGGUAAUAUAUUUCCGGAAGCUACAGCCCUAUCUGUCUGUGGAUGUCUAUGGGAAACAUCACAUGCCAUUACCAACCAAAACCCAGCAGUCUGUCCUUUCUAAGUACAAGUUCUACUUGGCUUUUGAGAACUCUGUGCACAAAGACUACAUCACAGAGAAGCUUUGGCACAAUGCCUUGGCAGCCUGGGCUGUCCCCAUAGUGUAUGGGCCACCAAAGUACAACUACGAGCUCUUCCUACCAUCUGACGCCUUUAUCCACGUGAGUGACUUUAAGAGCCCCAAGGAACUAGCCAUCUAUCUAAUGAAGAUGAAUAAGGAUGAGAAGCGUUACCUGGCAUACUUCCAAUGGCGGAAGCACCUGGAGGUGGUAACCAGGUCUGGCUGGCACCAGGAAUUCUGUAAGGCUUGCCGGAUUCUACAGGAGCCACCCACCUACAGGACUCUGCCAAUGCUGUCCAAAUGGUUCUUCUGAGGUGCAUCCCUCCCCAUCCAUAACCCUUGGCUCUUCUAGUGACAGUGAGUUAGUUGCAUGUUCAAAAGGGGGGUGCUGGGGUAUUGCCUUGCUAGUGGCCUUUUUUCCCGCUGGAUGUCGUUAGUGAUAACUCUCACUAGUGACAUCCUUUUGUGAUGUCCUUCCACUGGCGAUGUUUGGUCACAUUCCCCACUAGUGACCAUCACAGUGAUGUCUCCCGCUCAUGACCUUCAGUGGCAUGUCUCAGUAGUGACCUUUGGUGAUCUUUCCAUCUGAUGACAUCUCUUACUAAUGACCUUUGGCAGUGUCUCCCUCUGAAGACAUGUGGUUAUAGCCAACACUAGUGACCUGAGAUUCUCCCACCCAUGACUUACAGAGACAUCAAAAGUGACUUCUCCUGAAGUUUUCCGCUAGUGACCUUGUCCACUGGUAACCCCAAGAGAGCAAUACAGAUUUUCAGUAACAUCCACUAUUGGUCAGUCCUCUGCUGAUGACUUUUAAAGACAUCCCCUACAAUAAUGUUUGCUGACCCCUCCCCUAGCAUCCUGAUAUUCUGUCUGAUAUCCUGUGGACACAGUUCCCGACUUCCCUUUUGUGUUCCUGGUACUGAGCAAGAGCUCAGUGAAUGUUUGUUGAUGAGGAUACAGAUGCGGAUGGUCAGAGUGAGGCCCAGGGAGGAUCCCCAGGGCUGUCUGGGCAGCCUGAUGAGAGGAGCUGAUGGUUCAGGUCUUGCUCUGUCUGCUUCUUGGGAUGAGGUCCCAUAAAAGCCAGUAAAUAGAACGUGUCUUAGAACACAAAAUGUGCCAUUGGAAUGACCUUAGAGACUAUCUAAUCAAACCAGUCUUCCCCCCAUAUACACACAUACACAUAACCCGCCCAUGUAAACACAGGAAAAUUGAGACCCACAAAGGGGAAGGGACUUGACAGAGGUGCACUCAAGAGAUCAAGGGCUGAUCCUAGACUAGAACCCAGUUUCCUGGCUUCUAGCCUAGGCUUCUUCCCAUGGCACUCCCUCUCCCAAUAAGGCCUCGAUGACACGAAGUCAAGCAGAUACCCUGAAUAUCAGAGUUGGGAUGCAGAAAGGCUAGAACAGAGGUGGAAAACUCAGGUAGAAAGAGAUGCAGCCCUGUAUCGACUUCUGUUGUUGAUCAGUCAUUCAGUCAUGUCUGGCUCUUUGUGACCCCAUGGAGCGUGCCAGGCCCUUCUAUCCUCCACUGUCUCUCAAAGUCUUUCCAAGUUCAUGUUUGUCGUUCACAUGACAGUAUCUAGCCAUCUCAUCCUCUGCCGUUCCCUUUUCCUUCUGCCUUCGAUCUUUUCCAACAUCAGGGUCUUCUCCAGUGAGUCCUAUUUUUUCCAUUAUGUGG